CCCCCAGCUCGUGCGAGUGGUGCGCUCCACGCACGGCGUGCGUCCCUCGCGGGCCAAUAGGGAGCGGCUGCGGGUGCAGUUCAAACUUCGGCGGCGGUUGGGGCGGGCGCUCCCAGCCCGUCCCUUGUGCCGGUCCCGUUCCUCCGCUCCCGGUCCCUGUCCCGGUCCCGCUCCUCCUGUCCCGGGCGGGCAUGGCGGACGAGGGCGCCGUCACGGUGUGCGUGCGAGUGCGGCCGCUCAUCGCCAGAGAAAAUGCCUCAGGAGAUAAGGUAUCUCUGCACUGGAGAAGCGAGAAUAAUACUGUUUCCGACGUGAGUGGUACCAAAAUAUUUAGUUACGAUCGUGUCUUUCACUCAAGUGACAACACUCAGCAGUUGUAUGAUGGUGUAGCUGUUCCAAUUAUACAGUCAGCUGUGCGAGGCUAUAAUGGCACAAUUUUUGCUUACGGACAGACUGCUUCAGGGAAGACUUACACAAUGAUGGGGAAUGAAGAUUCCGUGGGCAUCAUCCCGAAGGCAAUUCAACAUGUGUUCAAAAUUAUUUGUGAGAUUCCAGAUAGAGAAUUCCUGCUAAGGGUUUCGUACAUGGAAAUCUACAAUGAAACAAUUACUGAUUUGCUUUGUGAUAAUAGGAAAAAGAAGCCUCUGGGAAUUCGUGAGGAUGUUAAUAGGAAUACAUAUGUAGAAGAUCUGAUUGAAGAAGUGGUAGUUGCCCCAGAGCAAGUUAUGGAAUGGAUCAGAAAAGGAGAAAGAAAUCGCCAUUACGGAGAAACAAAAAUGAAUGAACACAGCAGCCGUUCUCACACUAUCUUCAGAAUGAUCAUUGAAAGCAGAGAACGAAGUGACCCUGCAAAUGCAAACUGUGAUGGAGCAGUCAUGGUUUCCCACUUGAACUUGGUAGAUCUGGCAGGCAGUGAAAGAGCUAGUCAAACAGGAUCUGAAGGUGUUCGACUGAAAGAAGGCUGCAAUAUAAAUCGGAGCUUGUUCAUUCUGGGUCAAGUUAUCAAAAAACUUUGUGAUGACCCUUCUGGCUUCAUAAAUUACAGAGACAGCAAGCUGACUCGAAUUCUGCAGAACUCCCUUGGAGGAAAUGCUAAAACAGUUAUUAUUUGUACAAUUACUCCUGUUUCUUUUGAUGAGACACUCAGCACUCUUCAGUUUGCCAAUACAGCCAAAGGAAUGAAGAAUACACCAAAAGUCAAUGAAGUUCUUGAUGAUGAUGCCCUCCUGAAGAGAUACCGCAAAGAAAUUCUGGAUUUGAAAAAGCAGCUGGAGGAAGUGUCUUCAAAAACUCAGAUUCAUGCAAUGGAAAAGGACCAACUGGCCCAGCUGUUGGAAGAAAAAAAUUCCCUUCAAAAAGUACAGGAGGACAGAAUACGAAACUUAACUGAGAUGCUGGUCACUUCUGCUUCCUUUGCCUCAAAACAGAAUGUUAAAGCCAAGAGAAGAAGAAGAGUUACCUGGGCUCCUGGUAAAAUAAACCAGGCAAACAUGAGCUUUUUUGAAGACUUUGAAAAUGCAAUGCCGACUGAAACAAAAAAAAUCAAGUUGUCUCUGCCAGCAGUACCAGAUGCGGAUGACUCUACCUUAGAGAAUUCUGGGUAUGACAGCCAUUGCCUGAUGGUUCCUGAUCAAAUUUCAGAAGUGGAAUGGAUUGCUGGUCCUAACAUGAAUUGGACCCAGAAAGACUUUGAAGAAUCUGUGCAACUCUGUGAAGCAUUAGCACUAGAAAAGGAUAUUGCCGUAAAUGAGGUCAACACCCUGCAAGCUAACUUUGAUAAUCUAGUGCUGGAAAAUGAGCAGUUGAAAUCAGAAAUAAAUGAACUGAAAGAGAGACUGAAGGAAAAAACAGAAAUAGAUGAAUUUGAAGCACUGGAAAAGCAAACGCAAAAAGAUCAUGAGAUUCAACUAAUGCAUGAAAUUACCAACUUAAAGAAUCUAAUUUCAAAUGCUGAAGUGUACAAUGAGGAACUUGAGGCAGAAAUAAAUUCCAAACUGGAACAGCUGAAAGAGAAAGAGAACAAAAUAAAAAUAUUACAGAAUCGUGUGAAAGAACUACAAAAUGCAGAAGUGGAAAAAAAGGAGACAUCUUUUGCACUGGGAGAUUGUGAUAAACUAACUGAAGAAAUUCAGCAGCUGAAUAAAUCCCUCUUAGACAGUGAAGCCAUAGCCUUGGAUGCCAAAAAGGAAUCUGCUUUUCUCAGAAGUGAAAAUUUGGAGUUGAAGGAGAAGAUGAAUGAACUCUUAAAUAACCACAACCAAAUGCAAAAGGAUGUCCAGUUAUAUCAAAGCCAAAUAGAAGCGGGAAAAGCCAAUUACCGAAAAAUGCAAGCUGACUUGCAGAGAGAGCUGCAAUCUUUAUUUCAAGAAAACACAAGACUAACUUCACUGAUGGAGGGUAAAGUUCCAAAAGAUUUGCUUUCUCAUGUGGAGCUGGAAAAAAAGGCAGCUGACUUAAAAGGGGAACUAGAAAAUGCUUUGAAAGAGAAGGCACUUCUACAGAAACAAGUAAAUGACCUAUCAGAACUUCAGUCUCUACCAGAUACGGUUGAGAUGCAAAAGAAAGAGAUCCUUGAAAAAUGUGAGGAGUUACAUUUAUUAAAAUUGGAAAAUGAAAAGCUGCUUUCUCAAGUAGCUGAUAAUGAAAUGAAACUUAAACAUAUGUCUGAAGAAAUUGAAAAAUCAAAAGACAAUCUCACAGAGGUACAACUGAAAUAUAGCAAGUCUGAUGAGGAAUAUGUAGCUCUUAAACAGCUCCAUGAAGAAAUAGAACAAAAAUACAUAGCUGCAUCAGAAACCAAUGAACAAAUGAAGCUCCAGAUAGAAUGCCUAUCUAAAGAAGCACAAGAGUCUAAAACAAUUUUGGAUGAAGUGAAAUUAGAGCUCUCUAGCAAAAUGAAAGAACUGGAAGAGAAAGAAGCAGAGCAAAAACAACUCCUUGAGCUAAGAGAAAAUCUUGUUCAGACUCAGCAGAAGUUAAACGAACUGGAACAAUUAAAAGAGGAAGAAAGGAUUAGUGAAGCGAGACUGGAGGCCAAAGAUUUGGAGAUCCAGGCAGUCUUGCAGCAGCUUACAGAAUGUCAGGAAGAAAUAAAAACUCUAACCCAGGAAAGAGAUGACCUGAAGCAAAAAGGGGAGUUUCUCCAAGCUGAGACAGAGCAACUCAGAGAGGAUAUAAAGGACACUGUUUCAAUGAACAUCUUGGCACAUGAAGAUCUGAGAAAUACACAGAAUUCUCUGAAGGAAUCCCAGAAAACUGUCAAGAAGUUGGAAAAAAGCAUUUCUGAAAAAGAAUCUCAGAUUCUGAGUGUUGAAGAAACACUAGGGAAAACCAUUAAAGAGCUCCAAAUACAGAUCUCAGAAAUGACAGAAGAAAUGAAAAUCAUCACGUCAGAGAGAAAUCAGCUUGCUGAGGAAAAAUCAGAAAGUAACAGCUGUAGAGAAAGUGAUCAGCUUCAGGUGCAAAAGGAACAAAUCAUUUUCCUUACACAAGAGAACCGUUCAUUGCAGGAGAAGCUGGACAUUUUACUUUUGAAAACAGAGGAGUUUGGGGAAGGAACUUUGGUACCACAGAUUCGAGGGCAAUCUAUGGAGCAAGAGUUAUUUCUUCUGAGAGAAGAGCUGAGCCAGGCACAGCAGAAAUUGUUAGAAAUGGAGGAAGCAAAGGCCAGUGAAUAUCAAGGGGAAUCUGAAAAAAUGGAGAGAACAGAUGUUAUUCCAAAACCACAUGACUCCCAGGAAGUCAGCACGCAGACAGAAAGAGAUGAUGAAUUUAAAAUGCAACUGGAAAAUGUCCAGAAUGAGAGAGACCAGCUAAGAGAAAUGCUUCAGGAAACAAUUAGCAAGAACUCAGAGAUGCAGGAGGAGUUGAGAUGUACUCGUGAAUCUCUUGGACAACAUCAGGAGAAGAUUGUGGAGCUGGAAGGAAGUGUUUCAGUGAAAGAAAACCAGCUCUCGAAGGCGCAAGAGGCAUUGAAGGAAAAAACUGAUGAACUGCAGCAGAAGCUCACUGAAGUCACUGAAAACCUGACUCGUGUCUCAGCUGAGUAUGAUGACCUCCUGGCAGAAAAGCAACAAACUGAAAGGGCAUUGAGUGAGCAGCUUGAGAGAAUCUCAUCACUUAACAAGGAGAAGGAUGAGCUUCAGCAAAUGGUAGAGACUUGUAAAGAAAGGGAAGAACACCUGUUAAAGGUUCAGAGGCAGUCAGAGAUUUUGAAGGACAGCCUAACAAGCAAGAUCUCAGAAAUGACAGAAGAAAUAAAAAUCAUCACGUCAGAGAGAAAUCAGCUUGCUGAGGAAAAAUCAGAAAGUAAUAGCUGUGAAGAAAGUGAUCAGCUUCAGGUGCAAAAGGAACAAAUCAUUUUCCUUACACAAGAGAACCGUUCAUUGCAGGAGAAGCUGGACAGUUUACUUUUGAAAACAGAGGAGUUUGGGGAAGGAACUUUGGUACCACAGAUUCGAGGGCAAUCUAUGGAGCAAGAGUUAUUUCUUCUGAGAGAAGAGCUGAGCCAGGCACAGCGGAAAUUGCUAGAAAUGGAGGAAGCAAAGGCCAGUGAAUAUCAAGGGGAAUCUGAAAAAAUGGAGAGAACAGAUGUUAUUCCAAAACCACAUGACUCCCAGGAAGUCAGCAUCCAGACAGAAAGAGAUGAUGAAUUUAAAAUGCAACUGGAAAAUGUCCAGAAUGAGAGAGACCAGCUAAGAGAAAUGCUUCAGGAAACAAUUAGCAAGAACUCAGAGAUGCAGGAGGAGUUGAGAUGUACUCGUGAAUCUCUUGGACAACAUCAGGAGAAGAUUGUGGAGCUGGAAGGAAGUGUUUCAGUGAAAGAAAACCAGCUCUCGAAGGCGCAAGAGGCAUUGAAGGAAAAAACUGAUGAACUGCAGCAGAAGCUCACUGAAGUCACUGAAAACCUGACUCGUGUCUCAGCUGAGUAUGGUGACCUCCUGGCAGAAAAGCAACAAACUGAAAGGGCAUUGAGUGAGCAGCUUGAGAGAAUCUCAUCACUUAACAAGGAGAAGGAUGAGCUUCAGCAAAUGGUAGAGACUUGUAAAGAAAGGGAAGAACACCUGUUAAAGGUUCAGAGGCAGUCAGAGAUUUUGAAGGACAGCCUAACAAGCAAGCUCACUGAAGUCACUGAAAACCUGGCUCGUGUCUCAGCUGAGUAUGGUGACCUCCUGGCAGAAAAGCAACAAACUGAAAGGGCAUUGAGUGAGCAGCUUGAGAGAAUCUCAUCACUUAACAAGGAGAAGGAUGAGCUUCAGCAAAUGGUAGAGACUUGUAAAGAAAGGGAAGAACACCUGUUAAAGGUUCAGAGGCAGUCAGAGAUUUUGGAAGUCAGCCUAACAACCAAGAUUCAACAGUUAACUGAGACACUAAAUAGUGUCUCAUAUGAGAAGGACCAGUUAUUAGCUGAAAGAACUAAUCACUCCUUACAACUUCAAGAACAAAUCUCAUCAGUUAAUCGUGAAAAAGAUGAGCUACAAAAACUUCUUCAGGAUGUCAGGUCUGAGCGGGACCAGCUCAAGACAGAAAUGCAAAGAAAUUCUGAGAUGUGUGUUGAAACAAAGGCAAAACUGGAAGAUGCUUUAGAACAACUGAAGCAGAGAAACCUGAACAAUAUAAAUAUGUCCAUUCAGGUAAACCCAGUGGAUAUUGCAGAGCAGGUGGCCAAUGACAGCUUGACAGAAAAAAACUUGACAAUUAAGGAGCUUCUUGAGAAAUUCCCAAGUAUGGGGAAGAGAUAUGAAUGUCUCUCUACAAUGUCUCUUAAGCUAAAGAGUGAACUGAACAGUCAGAAAGCACUGAUAGCUGUGAUACUGCCUCAGCUUACACUGGAGCAGAGUAAACAAGUCAAAACACUUCAAACUAAAAAUGAGGAAAUGAACACUCGUCUCCAGAAGUUAUUGACCAAAUUGAAGCUUCUGUUCAGCUCUGUUUGCACAAAGAAAAGAGAUUAUCACACUACUGUUCACAAGUAUGAAAUGGAGUUGCUUGAAGAAAAGAGAAAACAAGAUCACCUACAGUCCCAGAUUCAAUGUCUCAGUAAUAUUAAUUUGAAGCAGAAUGGAGUAUCAACUCAAGAGUUAAACAGCUGUGAGGGGCUGCAGAGUUUCUACUUGGAUGCAGAGAGCAUUCUCAAAGAUGUAUCAGAAUUGGAAAAUGAACUUCUCUGCAUAGAAGCAGAGAUACAGCAGGAAGAAAGUGCUAGAAAAGAAACAAUACAGUUCUGGGAAGCUUGUUCAGUAGCUCAUUGGGAUGCCGAGGAACUGAAAGAAGAACUAAAGAAAGAUAAUGAAAGACUCUUGCAAGUCUUAACUUUCUGGACUCCUAAAGUAAAGAUACUCCUUGAACUUUCUUCAGAGCUGGAUGCCAGAACUGCUGAUUACAGUAAAAAUGCUGAUGUUGAAUUAAAACAGAGAAAAGAGAAAAAUGAAGAGUUGCUUCAAGAUCUAAACACUCUAAAAGAAAAACUGGCCCCUGGUGGCUCUGCCAGUCUGGCAUUAGAAGAAGAAAAUUAUAGGCUUCAUAAUAAAUUAAAGGCUGCAGAACACGAUAAAAAGGUUAUGGAAGUAAAAAUUCAGAAGUUAGAAAAGGUAAUAAAUGAAGUAGGAGAAAGUGUCAAAGAGAGAGAUGACAGGAUAAGCAAGUUACAAGCACAGAUGAGAAUAAGAACAGAGACAAGUGAGCUCACCCAACUGCAAGCCAAACUGAAUGAGAUGGAUAAUUGCCUCAAGACUGCCUUAACAGAAAAACAGAGUCUUCAGGCAAAAUUAGAUAAAGGUGCUGAGCCGUACAAAGAAGAAAUUGACCAGCUCAAAACACAAUUGGUAAAAUGUGAUCUGGAAAGAAUGAAACAAUCCAACUCCUUUGAAGUGAAACUUGCUAAUUAUAAAGCCCUUGCAGAACACAGAGAACAACAGUUAACAAAGCUAAAAGAAGAACUGAGAAGAGCACACCAAGAGCAAGAUGUUACUGUGCUGAAAGAAGCAGAUCCUCAGCAAUCCCAAAUACCCCUUACUUGUGGUGGUGGCAGUGGUAUUGUGCAGAGCACACAAAUACUUGUUCUAAAAUCUGAACAAGCCAAGCUGCAGAAAGAGAACUUGCAGAUGAAGAAACAAAAUGACCUUCUACUGAGUAAUGAACUUCAACUGAAAGAGGAACUCAGGAAAUGGAAAGAAAGAGCACUGAAAUGGAGAGAACGAUCCUCAAGAGAAACUACUCGAGAGACAAUACUGAAGUCUCCUAAGAAGGCAGUGUCAUAUUUCUUUAAAGAGCAAAUACCUUCACCCUGCAAAGAAAGUGUUUCUCAGGAAACAGUGACUCAGGACCUACCAAAACCUCUGCCUCUGACUUGUCCAACAAAUUUCUUUGAUAAUUCCCACUUGGGUGUGCUAACAGAUACACAACCUGAGGGCACAGAGUCCACAGAAGAACAUCUUAAGCACUUGUUUGGGACUUCAGACAGAGAUAAAGCCCCUGAUUGCAGCACCCAGUGAAGAUGCUCUGUUGUAAGCUGCCCUUAUAGUGCCUACAGCCAGGAUCUGCAUAUACAAAAGAAAAUUGCUUCAGGUUAAAAACCAUCAGCCUCUUCCGUCUUUGCUGUCUUGGAGUUUUUCCUUCUCACAACUGGAAAAGCUGAAAUAUGAGGACAAAGAUGGAAAAACAGAUGUUGCCCCACAAUGUGCUCAUCUGCUAAUGUUCCACUUUGGUGUCUGGAUGUGGACUUUUUUUGAUGGCAAAGAGAGGCUAAUGUAUUGAAGAAAAAAACAGAAAAAACAAUGGAUCACAAACUAAUCUACUGUGAAACUUCUGAGUCUCAAACUUUUCAUUCUGUCAUUCCUAAACAGCCCUUUUCUGGGGUGUAGAUAUUACUAUCUUCAGAGUGAUGUUGACUUGGCAAGAAAUAUUUUUUGUUUCUUGGCAUGUGGUUUUUAUACCAUACUUUAGGCCAACAGAAACUGCAUUUUCACCACAAUCUUGACUUCUUUGGACACUGCAACCGAAGUUAAUGAUCUUCUGCUUGUAGAGCAUACAAUCAAGGGUUCCUCUUAAACUCCUUAAAAGUUUCUGCAGCUCAGCCAAUUAUGGUACUGUGAGUAACUUUGAAUUUUGCAUCAUUUUUCAAUAUACCUGUCUGAAGUUGUGUAUUGGACUUUUUUUAAAUAGUAAGCAAUGGACUUCACACUCUUCUGCUUCUCUAGUGAAGGGAAAACAAACCAGAUCAUUGGGGCAAGAUGGACCUUUAUUAACCUACUUAUCUGUAUUGUGAGACCUACGUUUUGUAAGUUUUAUAUAAGAAAUUUUAACUUGACAAUAAAAUUUAUUGUGUUAAAUAUGUAAAAAUGGUUUUGCUGUUCACUUGUGCUAUGAUCCAAGGAUGCUGACUGCAACAUUCAGUGUCUAAAUAUUACCAAAUUACUGUCUUUUGUACUGAUUUAAUCACUUCCAUAAUCAUUAUUAUUCUUCUUGUCUCUGUC